GUCUUGGCCAACAUGGCCGCCCCCUCGCUCCCUGCGUGGUUGGCUUUGCAGACGCGAGCCAGGACCCUUCGUGCCUUUUCCACCGCUGUGUCUCCUGUCACUGGCGCUCCAAGACUAAGCCCGCCUACAACAGAAAGAACCUCCAGACAUGAAAGGCCGCCAAGAAGAAAGGCACUACCUCCCAGGACAGAGAAAAUGUCUGUUGACCAGGACUGGCCUAGUGUUUACCCUGUUGCAGCUCCAUUUAAACCCUCCGCAGUACCUCUUCCUGUUCGAAUGGGUUAUCCAGUAAAAAUGGGAGUGCCCAUGGCUAAGGAGGGAAAUCUGGAGCUUCUAAAGAUUCCCAAUUUUCUGCAUUUGACUCCUGUAGCAAUUAAAAAGCACUGUGAGGCUCUUAAAGAUUUUUGCACUGAGUGGCCCGCUGCGUUAGACAGUGAUGAGAAAUGUGAAAAGCAUUUUCCAAUUGAAAUUGACACAGCCGAUUAUGUUUCAUCAGGACCAUCUAUUCGAAACCCCAAAGCACGAGUAGUGACCUUAAGGGUUAAACUUUCCAGUUUGAAUUUGGAUGAUCAUGCAAAGAAGAAACUUAUUAAACUAGUGGGAGAUCGAUACUGCAAGAGCACAGAUGUGCUUACCAUCAAGACAGACAGGUGCCCUUUAAAGAGACAGAAUUAUGAUUAUGCAAUGUAUCUACUAACAGUUUUAUACCAUGAGUCUUGGAAAACUGAAGAGUGGGAGAAAAAGAAGACUGAAGCAGAUAUGGAAGAAUAUGUAUGGAAAGACAGCUCCUCAGAAAAAAACAUCCUGGAGACCCUUUUCCAAAUUAAAGCUGCUGAGAAAAAUCCAGAACUAAGUAAAGAGGAGCUCCUUAGUACUAAAGAAGUUGAAGAUUACAAAAAUUCUGUUGUUAGUCUUAAGAAUGAGGGGGACAAUGAGCAUACCCUUUCUCAGUACAAAGAAUCAGUGAAGAGACUAUUACAUUUGACGUGAAUUAUAUAGAAAAAUUUCCUUGAUUUACUAAUUUUAUGAUACAUAUGUAAUCAUUAAUUUGAUAUAAAGUUGAAAAAAUUUUUUUAAAAAGCCAUUGUUUGCCUACAUUAGAGUUAAAAUUAUUCCUUUCAUUCUAAGAUACAAGGGCAAUGAUUAUUCAAAGGUUUUCUUAUAUACUGGGGCAGUCAGGCUAAUUUGAUUCUGAUUUCUUCUGGUCCUAAAGUGUUUGAAUUUCAUUUCUACCAUAACCCUUUAGUAUUCAUACACACAUAUAUACACACAAUAUUGUUCUUUUGUCACCUGCUCUUUCUUUCUCUACAAAUCAGUACUUACUGGUUGCUUUUGAAUAAUGAUUUUGGUUAUUUAGGAAGUUCGGCUCAAAACCCAGUUCCCUGACUGCAGUUUAGUGUUUUGUCUACAUAACUGCUACCUGCCUAGUGCGGUUUUUGCAGAUGCUGAUUCUGAUUAGAAACAGGUUCUUGGCAGUAUUUUCUAACCUAAGAAGUUUGUUCCAUCCCUCUGUUCUGGGAUCACGUUAUGUUGAUUCAGUUCUGUUUAGCAUCCUGUUUCCAUUUUCUUUGGCUCAUUUCUCCAAGCCCAGACUUGCAGAAAAGUGGAAGUGGAGGUUGACCGAUAUUCACCUCUCUGGAAGCCCCAGCUAGAACUUCCACAGCUCAGGAAAGAGAUAAGAUAUAAAGACCUUUAAUUGGAAUAAAUGACAGUGAUCAGUGCCCUAAGAAACAUUUCAUUCCAUUUAGCUGUCAAUUGAAUACUUGUAAAUAUAUCUGUGAGUCAUUUCUUACCACUUUUAAAGUUGUCGACGAGUAAUUUAAAAUUGAAAGAAAGGAAUUAUGGAGGCUGUUAUUUGCUUAAAACUUACAUUGCUUAACAGAAUUUGAGAAUAUAACAUGCUAAAAGGAAUUUCAGAAUAGUUUCUCAAAAGAUGUAUAUAAAUUGAAGGUAUGACUUGGUAUUAGCAAGACCAAGAGUCCAUAGGUUAUGAAGGAUAACAGUAGAGCUUCAGGUUCCAUCCUCCAUUGGAUGGAGAUAGCGAAUAAAAAACAAAGUAGAUACAACUGAACUUCUCGAUCUGAUUUAAAGCAUAUGUAAAUGUAUCAAAACGUUACAUUUCUUAGAGACCUAAAGAGUUAUGGAGAACUCAGAUGCUGAAACAGGAUUGAAGAAGGAACAUAAGAACAGUAGAAGCUAAGGAGAGGUGGUUAUUUGGAAACACGUGGAGAGGUGGUCAUUAGGGUCCUCAGUCCUGGAAUAGUAUAGUGCAGAUCGAAGCAGGAGUAACGAUGUGUAAUAAAGAUUUUCAC